AUGUCGAGCAUUGAGUCGGAUGACAAGAGUGCAAAGCCAUGGCACCUGUCACUUGACGCGGUGCACACGGACGAGUUUAUCGCGCAGCUUCGCGCGCAGCAAGAAUCUCUUGAUUGCGGCGCGCUGUCCGCGUUCGAGACCGUCACGCCGCUCUCUUCGCCGCGCACGCCGUGUUUUGAUCUCACGUAUACGCAUGCAGCGACUGAUCCGCCGCCGCAGCUUGCACAGCAUGUGCCGACCAAGAUCGUAAAGCCAGUCGUGCGGCGCUCGCUUUGCGGCAUGUACCGCUGGCUGCCCUGGCAAGACAAGCUCAUGCUUCUCCUUCCUGCACUACUGAUAUCCGUCGCAACGGGCGGCCUUCCUGUAGGCAUGACACACGUCAUUGGCCGAGCAUUUGGCGCGUUCACCGCGUACGACAAGAGCCAGCCCGGCGCAAACGAAGUGCUGCGCUCGAGCGUGCUUACCGAUAUCUACGUGCUGCUUGGCCUCGCGGGCGGCACCUUGGUCUUGCGUGCGUCGAGUACGGCGCUAUGGCUAGUGGUCGGCGAGCACGGCGCGCGUGGAUGGCGCACGUACGUGUCCCGGCAGCUUUUCCUGAAAGAGGCGGACUGGUACGAUUUGGGCAUGGGCCUCCAAAGCGCCGAUACGGGCAAGGAUGCGGGCGCUGCAGGCAUCAUGGCUCUUUUUCUUCGCGAUACAGACGAGGUGCGCAUGGCAAUGGGCUCGCAAAUGGGCUAUUUGCUCCUGCACGCGGCGUCCAUGCUUGCAAGCGCCGUAUAUGCACUCACGCGCUCGUGGAAACUUGCGCUGGUGAUUUUUGCCGCGCUGCCGCUUGUGGCGAUUGCCACGGUGGUGGGCGAGAUGCUGGGCGCGCCGAUGCUUGCGGCGGAGCGCAUCGAGUCGGUCCAGCUGGCCGCGCUCGUGGAAAAGACCACGUCGGCCAUCAAGACACUCAAGGCAUUCCAUGCGGAGAACAUGCAACGCGCCGCACUCGACGCGUGUAUCGAGCGGUGCCGCGCGCUGUACAAGCGCGUGUGCGUCGUGUGGGGCGUGCGAUUCGGCAUUGUAUCCACGCUCGCGCUCAUGACCUUUGUGCAGGGGUUUGGGUAUGGGAGCCAUUUGGUCCGCACGCACAAAACCGGCCCCGACGUGGUACUCUCCACAUUCUUGGCGAGCUUGAUGGCGAUGGGCCAGCUGCAAGGCAUAUUGCAGCGCCUCCAUUUCCUCGAGACCGGCAAGCACAGCGCGGCGAACUUGGACGCCGUCGCACGUUCCCAGCCCGUGGCCCCUGCGGCGGACAAUGAUGAGCACGGCACGCAGGAAAAAAGCCACGACAUUGAAAUGGCGCCGCGCCUUUGCAUUACGCCCGACUCGUGCCGUGGAGAGAUGUCGCUGGACCGGGUGUGGUACGCGUAUCCUACACGCCCAAGCGUCCCUGUGCUGUGUGGUAUUUCGAUGCACUUUUCUCCCGGCGAGCUCACCUUUGUCGUGGGCCGCAGCGGGAGCGGAAAAAGCACGGUGGUCGAGCUGCUGCUGAAGCUGCGCGCGCCGCAGCUGGGCAGCGUUGCCCUCGAUGGCCAAGCGCUCGCCACCUUGGACACGGCGUGGUUUCGCGCACAGGUGCGUGGGCUCGUGCAGGACCCCUUGAUCUUGGAGAAGAGUAUGUACGAUAAUAUCGCGAUGGGCUGCACCUCGUCCAUUUCCGUGCGCGAAGCCGCGUGGGCCGCGCGCUUGGACGAUGUGCUGCAACUGCUCCCCGAAGGCUUUGCUACGGUGCUUGGCCAGCGCGGAACGACGCUGAGCCGUGGCCAAAAGCAGCGAGUUGCGCUUGCGCGUGCGUUUCUGCAGCACCCCCCGGUCCUUAUUCUGGACGAGGCGACCUCUGCGCUGGACACGGAGAGUGCCGCAGCCGUGAUGGAGACGCUGCGGAUAUGGAGGCAUGGCCAAACGACCAUUAUCAUCACGCACCAUAUCGCACACAUCCGCCCCGCUGACUUUUGCUACAUUCUUGAGCAAGGGCAGAUCUUGGAGCAGGGCGCUGCAGGCGACUUGGCGCACCCAUGGUUUGCCGAGGCCAAAUCAGCGCGCUUGCUCACCUCGCCGCUCGAGAAAGAGCCCGUUUCUGGGAGUAUCUGGAGCAUGGCCUCGGAAAAGACCCACAUCUCCGUCUCGCCGAUGCACACGCUCACAGAUACGGCGCCGGAGCCAGCCAAACUUGGCGACCGCGCGCCGAUACUUGCGGCGCUCGGCAUUCUCGCACGCACCGUCCCGCAAAAAUCCUGGCUCCUCCUCCUGCUCUGUUGCUGUAUCCUCUCGGGCCUCACGACGCCUGUGUUUGCAUUCUGCCUGACGCAGGUCAUGAUGGGCAUUGCCAAUCCAAACGCACAGUCUGUAGGGAUGUGGAUCGGCGCCACGGCCGGCCUUGCCGUUGCCGACGGCGUGCUGAAAGGCGUGCGUCUGAUUGGGAUGGAAGCCAUUGGCGCGCGCUGGAUUGCAGCACUGCGCCGAGAAGCGGUGCGCCAACUGCUCGUGCAGGACUGCGCGUGGUACGACGCGCCGCAAAAUACGCCGAGCGCGCUCACGACACAGGUUGUGCGCGACGCGGAAGAUGCGCGCGUAUGCCUUGGCAACCUCGUCGGCCAGGCCGUGACGCUUUGCGCGAUGAUUCUCGGGACGCUGAUCUGGUCGUUUGUGCUGGGCUGGCAGCUGACGCUGUGCAUGCUCGCGCUCUUGCCCAUUGUCGUGGGGCUCUAUGGCACGCAGGGCUACUUUGCCUCGUCGACGGAGCGCAAGAGCAAGGCCAUGCGCGAAAAUAUGGCCACGCUGCUCUACGACCGCGUCCGGAGCAUCCAGGCCGAGCGCGCGAUGGAGACUGCGAUGCACGCAGAGACGCUUGCCGCGGCCAUUGACGCCGCGGCCAAGGCAGGGCGCCGCGCCGCGUACGUUGUUGCGCUUGGCGCUGGUCUUGCCGAAGCCAUCACCUAUGCCGCUGAGGCGUUUCUAUACGGCAUCGGCGCGGUGCUGCUGAUGAAUGGCACGUACGACCUGCACCGAUUUAUGCUGGUGCUCAACCCCCUCAUCUUUGCGGUGGGCUUUGCAGCCCAGCUCGGCACUUCGUUUACCGCGACAAGCAAAGCGGUCCUCGGCCUCUGCGCCACCGACCGCCUCUUGCGUCUUUCUCAGCAUGGCUCGGACCGGCACGGGGAAGCGACGCCGAGCGUGCGAGGAGAGAUUGCUUUUACCGACGUCGGAUUCCAGUACGGGCGGCACGGACCUGCGCCGCUGCGCAAUGUAUCGUUCACCGUACACGCCGGCGAACACGUCGCGCUGGUGGGCAAGAGCGGCGCGGGAAAAUCAACGCUUGGCGCGCUGCUCCUGCGCCUCUACGAGCCAGACCAAGGCACGAUUUGCUUAAGCGGCCACGCGAUCCGGAGCAUGGACCCCGUCUGGCUGCGCGCACAGAUAGCCAGCGUCGGCCAAGACGUGUGUCUUUUUCCCGCCACGGCGCAGGAAAACAUUGCGUUGGGGCGCCACGCGACGCUGCGCGCCGUCGAAGCGGCCGCCACGCGCGCCGGCGCACACGCCUUUCUUUCUGCGCUUCCCGAAAAGUAUGCGACGAUGCUGGGGAAUGCAACUACGCGGCUUUCGGGGGGCGAGGCGCAGCGGCUUGGUAUUGCGCGUGCGUUGCUGCGCACCGAGGCGCACAUUCUCCUCCUCGACGAGUUCACUGCUGCGCUGGACCAUGCGACGCGCGCGCAAGUAGCCGAUGUGGUGCUUGGGCAGCGCGACAAAACGAUUCUCCUCGUCAGCCACGACGAAGCGCUGAUCCGUCGCUGCGACCGCGUCGUGGUGCUCGAGCAGGGCGCUAUUGUGGAGCAAGGCGCGCCGCGCGAGCUGCUCGGCAAGGCAGACAGCAGGCUGCGUACGUUGCUCAUGGUCGGCGCAGCGUAG